AGAUCAUAGCAAAGGCACCUAAAUGACGUUAGAAAUCCAAAGCAAAGAGCAGAGAAGUUCGGUGAACGAUAGUAACUUUUUGAUCGGUCGCUAUCGCGAAGGACUAAAUGACGGGCGUUCAUCUCGACCCUAGCCGGGCUCCAGUCGCCUUCGGGCGGCUUGCCAUCCCGGAGCUCUUCGCCCAGUUGGUGGAACCCGACGCAGCCGGGAGGCUGCGCGCCCUCGCCUCACUAUGCGACGUCACACACGAUCCGGAGCGACUUUACCAGGUAGUCAGUGAAGGUUUUCUGGACCAGUUGGAGGUUCUGUUGAAGGAUGAAGAUCCAGCAGUGAGGACUAGAACCUGUGAACUGCUGCAUCUCAUCACCAGCCACAACAUUGGAAGACAAGCCCUUCUGUGCUCACCCCUCCUGGCACGUCUUUCUCAGCUGCUGGACGACCCAUCCCCCAUUUGUAGAACCCGCGCCCACCGUGUGAUGAACAGCCUGGCACUGCUACCCGCAGGCGCCAAUGCUUUACAGGCUCUGGUUCCCAAGCUUAUGCUAAAGCUGGAGAAGGAGCAGGAGGAGAAGGAAGAGGAGGUGCAGGCCCUGCUGCUCUCCACGCUCAGCUGCUGCUCGCGACUGGAUGCCGGACCGGCGCUGUCCCACCGCGGUGUCACGCUUAUUGGACGCAAGCUUUCGCACGCCUGCUCCAACAUCCGCAGAGAGGCGGCUGGAGCCAUGAUGGCGCUCAGUGUUCCAGUGGAGGGCAAGCGUCAGGUGUGUGAGGCGGGAGUUCUUCCUGUCCUGGCAGACUUACUGCGGGACCAGGAUGUAGAUGUGCAGGCAAAUGCGGCGGGUGCCAUCAUGAACACGGUGGUCAUCACUACAGGUAAGCAUCAGUGUUUGGAGCUGGACGUCCUCCCAGUCCUGCUACAGCUUCUCUCAGAACGCAAACAAGACGUGGAAGAGGAGCAGAGGCGGAAGGCGUUAGUCCUCUACUCGCUCAGAGCGCUCACCUCAUUGGCUGAGGCCCCCGACGGACGCCGACGUCUGCUGCUUCAGCUGCCUCUCCUAGUGGGGAGAAGCGAGGCGCCCGAGGAGGACGCCGACAUCCGCCGCGCCGCUUGGAGGGCUGUCAAUGUUGUCACCUGGACGCCAUGAUAAAGCUUUCUUCUUCUUCAAUAAUGGAAUAACGAACGGUGCUGUAAAUCUGCUGCUAAUGAUAAUGCAAACAACCAAAAUAAUGAAAGAAUGCUUAAGUGUCCUAAUCCCGAGCACUGGAUUUGAAGGAAAUGGAAGUAUCUGUCAGAUUACUGCUAUGAUUUUUUAAAAAUCAUUCGGCCCGUAUAUCUGUGUAUUUGUGUGGUAGAUUAAAAGGUUGAUGUAUAACACAAAAGCAAAUUCCUUAUAAAGAAG